UGACACUCGCUUGCUUGUUUUCUCUCUCAGUCAAUUGCGCUAUGAGCAGAUCAGGCCAGCCUCCGGAUUUGAAGAAGUACAUGGACAAGAAGCUUCAGAUCAAGCUGAAUGCUAACAGGAUGGUUGUUGGAACGCUUCGUGGGUUUGAUCAAUUUAUGAAUCUUGUGGUUGACAACACAGUGGAUGUGAAUGGCAAUGAGAAAACUGAUAUAGGGAUGGUGGUUAUCAGAGGAAACAGUGUUGUCACAGUUGAAGCUCUUGAACCUGUAAGCAGAGCCCAGUGACCUUUGGUUUUCCCAUUGAUGCUGAUCUAAUGUAUUUUGCUACUCUUAUGUAUUAUGGAUAAUAUGAGUUUAUUAAGUUUCAAACUCGGAUGAAUUCAUAAUGAA